UCUGUGUUCUCUAUUAAUUGAAUUAGGUCUAAUCUGGAAUACGAAGAAUAUGUCGAAAAUAGUUGAGUCUUUGAAAAAAUUGAAUGUCGAGAACAACACGGAGUUAGUCCGACAAGACAACGACGGAGUCAAUAAGAAGGUCGAAUUGACGCUGUCAUUGGAAGAAAGAGUGUCACUCGAUCAGAGCGAGUACAUUCUAUCCGUCUGUGGAACCCAAAGUGAGCCAGAAUUUAGGAUUGGAGCAGCAUUGUCAGAUCAUUCUUGCAUAAUAUAUUCUAUUGGUGAAUCUUUGAAUCGAAUAAUUACACUAGAUCAUAAUCAAGCACCCAUCGUGGGAAUUAAAUUCAAUCCUACUUCUAAAAAUUUAAUAUAUGUCGCAUCUAAUGAUGGACUAAUUACAGCAUGUGAUUUGCGUGCUAAAGGAAAAAUUGUGGCAGAAUUUAAAGAUAAUACAGAAAAUGGCAAAACAAAACCUUUGGCUAGCUUUGACCUUAGUUGCGAUGAAAGACUCAUAGCUGGUGGGACAGAGCACACGGGUGGAGAUGCGUUUAUUCUGUUUUGGGACAUAAGGCAAAGUAGUUCAAAAGGAAAUAAAAACAGUCUUCUUGGUGGAUAUUGGGAAUCACAUAUGGAUGACAUAACUUGUCUGACCUUUCAUCCUGUCAAGCAGAAUGUUUUGGCAUCGGGUAGUACCGAUGGUUUAAUGAAUAUAUUUGACCUGACACAAUCCUCAGAAGAUUUGGCUUUAACUUAUUCGUUAAAUACUGAAUCAUCAGUGGACAGGCUGGGUUGGUUAACUGAUGAUUCUCUAUGGUGCACAACACAUACACAAAUAUUACAGUUAUGGGAAUGUGAAGGUGCUAGUGCAUAUGCAACAUUUACACGUAGUGAUUUAGCCGUGUCACAGAAUGAUGAUCCCGAUAAUUGUUACUUGGUAAGAUUCCAUGCCACUGAUGCAUUUGGACAACCAUUCCUAUUGACGGGUUCCAGCACAGUUAAAGGGGAAAAUCUAAGAUGCUUAAAUAUCAAGAAAAAUCGUUUGGAAAUGUAUUACGAAAUUGUAGGGAACAAACAAAUAGUACGGGACAGCUGGAUGCAUGAGAAGAGUGGAAGCUUGGUGACAGUUGGCGAGAAAGGCACUAUCAAUGUUUGGCGGCAAACAGAAUCGUCGAUACAGAAAAAUUCAAAUCAUGAGUUAUUAACCAAAAUUGGAACUAACCGUGACCGGCAUCACAGAACUAAACCUUAUUAAGAUAAGCAUUUAGGAAAAAGAAUUGUUAAUAUGGAAAAGUGUUUUAUCAUAAAGUAAUCGUAUC